GAAAACUCCUUCCAAUGAGCAGUCUGCAGCUGCUGUCUACAACCAGCCAUGAUACUCCAGACUGCUGUUCUCAGUGUGUUCCUCUGCUCUGUCUGCAGCUUCACUAUACAGGCUUCACUUGAAAAGACAGAGGAAUACUCUGGCAACACCAUUGCAGAUGAUGAAUUCAGCGUUUCCACACUGUUAGAGAAGGCCAAUGCUAAUCUUGGAAAGAACAUGGAUGAGCCUCUGGUGAUAUUUGGAGACAUAGCAGUGCCAACAGGUCUACAAAAUGCUGAUCCCUGCACAACCCGUGGCUGCCUGUGGCCUAAAUCCUCUGAUGGCAAUGUUUAUGUACCAUACCGACUCUCAAAUGCAUACUCCCAAAGAGAGAGAAAUACCAUUAUUGGUGGUCUGCGGUCAUUUGCUGCAUCCACCUGCAUCCGCUUCACCCCCUUGCAGAGGCAGAGGGACUUUGUGGACAUCCAGUCUCUGUCAGGGUGUUAUUCAUAUGUCGGGCGUCGUGGCAAUAGGCAGCCAGUGUCUUUGAGUCGCAACGGCUGUGUCUUCCAUUCAAUUGUCCAACAUGAGCUGCUCCAUGCCCUGGGCUUCAACCAUGAGCAGACCCGUUCCGACAGGGAUGAGCAUGUUCGCAUCCAGUUGCAGAAUGUCAUUCCAGGAAUGGAGUCUAAUUUCAGGAAGAUCAACACAAGGAACCUUGGUACUCCCUAUGACUACAACUCUGUCAUGCACUAUGGAAGGUUUGCUUUCUCCAGGAACAGGCAGGCAACCAUCCUUCCAAUCCCUGACAAUAAUGUAGCCAUUGGCAGGGCCAACCAGAUGAGUGCCAAUGACAUCCUUCGAGUGAACCGCCUUUAUCAAUGCAAUUCAACUGCCUCUGGACCUGCUGUGCUGCGAGCCCAUUUGAAAUCAAAGUAAGUGGGUUCAGAGAAAGAUGUUUUAGAUGAAGGUUUCCACCUCUUUAUUCUACAGAUACAGAUCAAGCUACAAACAGGACACACAGGAAGUAAAUGACAUCAACUUUUGAUAUGCUGCAUAUGCAAAUCCAAUACAGCUGAAAUAAUUGCUGACUUAUGCUUCUGAAGUACUAAAAGAACAGAAAAAAACACAACAUUCAUUCAUACUGGCCGUGUGGUGUCCUGCAAGUGUCCGCAAGCCCUGACAUUCAUAUAUGGGUGGAAACUAUGUAAUUUGCACCAUGUUUAAGCCUAAAAGUCCAAACUCAGACACUUCACCCACCCCUUCAUUG